CAACGACGUGGAUAGUUUCGCGGUCUCCGAAGCUUCCCUAGAUUGAUCAGCAAGCUCGCUUGUAUAAGUUCUAUGGUUUCUCACCUGAAUCUGAGCCCUCUUGGUCGAUCAUGCGCGUGAGUAUCAUUGUGGAAACUUCCAAGUAAACGACUUUUACCAUCUGAUCAUCACUACCCUCGAUCAUCAUGUCAUCCAAACUGUUUGCUGUGGUUGCUGGUGCUGGACCUGGUACAGGCCGGGCUACGGCACUCCGAUUCGCAAAGGCGUACCCGGUAGUCCUGCUCACCCGCAAGCCGGAGUCUUUCCAGGAUACGGUCGCCGAGAUCAACAGCGCCGGUGGCAAAGCCCUGGGCAUCGCGGCGGACGCUGCGGACCCAAAAUCCCUGAAGGCUGCGUUUGACAAGAUCAAGUCUGAGCUGCCGGGUUACAAGCUCGCUGCGGCCGUGUUCAAUGUCUCGGCCGGUUACGGCCCCAAGCCUUUCCUCGACUUGUCGGUCGAGGAUUUUGAUGGCAGUGUUCAGGGCAACGCCCGAGGCUUCUUCGUCUUUGCCCAAGCCACGAUCCCGCUCCUGCUAGAUGCAGUCUCUACCUCAGAGCACCCACCGACCCUCAUCGCCACGGGAGCGACUGCGUCCAUCCGCGGUUCAGCAACCUUCGCAACAAUGGCCUCAGGAAUGUUUGCCCGUAGAGCACUGAGCCAGUCUUUGGCCCGCGAGUUCGGUCCCAAGGGCGUUCACGUGGCUCACGCAAUCAUCGACGGCAUCAUCGACAUCCCACGUACUGCCGGUCGCACUGUAAACGGGGGCGUCGAGGACAGCAAGAUCAGUGCACACGCGAUCGCGGACAGUUACUGGCACCUUCACACGCAACCACGUUCCGCAUUCACUCAAGAGCUGGACUUGCGCCCGUUUGUCGAGAAAUUUUAAGGGCCGGGAUGUCACCCAGAACUGCGGGAUGAGUGGUAACAGAUUGAGGUCGCGGGCGUCCUUGAGACAAGCGAGAACCAGCCAAUACUUGAUUUGCUUUACCAGACCCGUAUAUACUAGCGAAUGAACUAGGGCUCGCUGACCGUUCGCAUUGUCGUCUCAUGGUCUCUCGCUUGCGAGAGG